CAUCUGUCAUUUGCAUUCUGUCAAAAAAGAGCACGAUUGUAAUGACUAUAUGGCAAAAUAUGGUGUCCUGUCAAGCAUGAUAAUGGAUUUCUAGAUAAGAUAAUAAAAAUUUGGCAAGCAGGUGUUAAUACAGAAAGAAUAUUUUGUAAAAAUGUCGGGUUUUGACGAUAAUCCAUUUGGUGAGCCUACAAUAGACAACCCUUUUGCGGAUCCUUCGGUACAACAGGUAGCAAGAAACACCAAUGCACAGAUUAAUGUUAAUGAUUACAACCCGUUCGAUAAUCAACCCCAAAACACAAGGCCUAUGGGUUACAAUCAGCCCAACACGACACCUGCAAUCAUGCAGCCGACACAAGAACCACCAGCGUACACCAAAAGUGGCCAGCAAAUUCAUGAACCACAACCCGCCCUAAAUACAGAAGACUUACAGCGACGCCAAGAAGAAUUAGAGCGUAAAGAAGAAGAAUUAGCUCGCAGAGAAGAAGAAAUGCGUCAGUCCUCGUACAACGUUAGACGCAAUAACUGGCCGCCUCUUCCCGAACAAUGCUGUUUCCAACCUUGCUUUUAUCAAGAUAUCCAAGUUGAUAUACCUUUAGAAUUUCAAAAAAUAGUGCGUCAUUUGUACUAUCUCUGGAUAUUUCAUGGUAUAAUCAUGUUACUAAACGUCCUAGGAGGAAUUGUUUUACUAGAUUUUAAGAUAAUUGGACUUGGGAUUUUGUAUACAAUAUUAUUUACGCCAUUUUCUUAUUUGUGUUGGUUCCGACCAGCAUAUAAAGCAUUCCGUUCUGAUUCGUCAUUUAAUUUUAUGGUGUUCUUCUUCAUAUUUUUCUUUCAGUUUGUUGUCACUACCAUCCAAGCUAUUGGAAUCCAAAAUUCUGGAACUAUUGGAGUGAUAACCGCUAUCGAGACUUUUGAUAGUGGCGCUUGGGACAUAAUCAAAGGCAUUUUGGCUUUGAUUAUCGCAGCUGGUUUUGGUUGUGCUGCGGCCGGGGACUUGUUCCUUAUCACAAAGAUUCAUCGUAUGUAUAGAAGUACCGGAGCUAGUUUAGCCAAAGCUCAGCAAGAGUUCACGACUGAAUUCCUUCGUAACCAGCACGUUAGAAGCGCGGCUAGCAAUGUAGCUGCAGCAGCUGUGCAGUCGCAGUUUGGCCAAAACCAAAAUACGAACACAAGAUACUAAUACUGUUCAACAAAAUGGUACUCUUAUCUCUCUCAGUAUUUAGUCUUUUGUGUUGAACAGCAUGUUAUUCAAAUUACUAAAUUAUAUGUGAUCACAUGUGGACGUGAACUAUCAAAGGAAAAUCACGAUAUAUAAUAAUUUUGUUAUAUAUAUAUGUAUAUUUUUACUGGAGUAUAUCAGAUACAUCGACUCACGAGUUGUUAGGUUGUAUUGUAAAUAUAUUUUUUCUUUUUUUAGUAUACUUGGAGAUUUGCGAGCCAACAUUUGAUUAAUCUGACAGAGCGUCUUAUUUAUCACAUUACAGCUUGUACUUAACCAUUGGCUUUGUUACAGUUAAAAUAGUUUUUCACAAAUUUAAUAGAGUAGUAUCUGUGUUAUUUAUGUAAUAUUAACUGGUACUUUGUAUAUGACUUCAAUAUGUUCGUUCCAAUUUCUUAUUGUUUUAAUAACAUGUAGAUACACUAAUAAAUUUAAUAUAAUUACGAAAA